GUAUGAAAUACCAAACCGAAAGUAGUUCCCAGUCAGGUGAAUAUUGGGGUGGGGAGAUAAAAUGAUUAUUCUUUCCUUACAAUUAGUCUUGAAAGAUUAAAAUUAAAAAGUUCCACUAGAGACAAUGGCCACUCCUACUUCCUGGGCUCAGGAGGUCAUAACCUGUGACCUUUGUCCUAAGCCUACUCAGCAGUUCUGUAACAACUGUCAAGUCAGUUUAUGUGUGGACUGUGUCAGUAAACAUGUGGACAAAUUCAAGUCCCAAACACACGACAUUGUUCAUUUCACCAACAGGAAGAUACAGCCGGUGUUUCCUGAGUGUAAGGUUCACUCCAACCAGAGAUGUGAGGCCCACUGCCAACAAUGUCAUGUCCAUGUCUGUCUGAAAUGCAUUCUCAGUUCCCAUAGUGGACACAAGAUUGUGGAAAUGCAAGAGAUUUUCAAUGAAAAGAAACAAGAAAUAAUAAAAGAAAACCAAGAAAUUGAAUCCAUCAUUAUUCCAAAGUACAGAAAGAAAAUGGAUAAUAUAGCAGGCAAAAUCUCCAAAUCAACAGCCAAAUUUGAUGAACUGGAAAAAGAAGCAGAAAAAAACAGAAAACUAUGGCACCAAGAAGUGGAUAACAUCUUUAAUAAUCUUAGUUCCUUGAUCAAGUCCAUGAGAGAAAAUAAUCUCACUUCUCUACAAUCCCAUCAAUCCAAGUUAAAAAACCUUAUUCCAGAUAUGAUGCAAACUGUUGAACAAAACAAAGGAAUCCUGAAGACUAACAGAGUGUCUGAUGUCAACAACUACAAAUCCAAACUGACGGAAUACAAAAACAUGCCAGCUGAUAUUGACGUUGAAAUUCCUUCACUGAAUACACAUACAGUCCAAGGGAGAGAACUCAGCAUAUCAUUAGAAAAAUACAAGGCUACAUUAACACAGUCUGCAUUAUCCAGUCUGACAGAUGAAGUCUCCCAUUUGGCUAUGACAGAGUUAUUAGACAAAGCCAGAGUGAUAGCCACCAUUCCUACUGGAGUUAAACCUCUAUGGAGAGUGGCCUGUGUAGGAACAGAUGAAGCUUGGGUUAGUGGUAAUGACAAAGUUAUAAGGCGUGUUGACAUACGCGGGUCUCUACAGGAAUCUGUUACCACCACAUGUAAAUACAAUCCUAGUGACAUCUCUGUGACCAAACAGGGAGAACUGAUAUACAGUGAUUUUAUCAAUGAAACAGUGAACAUUGUCAGAAGUGGAAAGACAAUGGUACUGUUCACAACACCACGUGGCUGGGGACCAUAUGGACUGUGCUGUACAAGGUCAGGGGACAUACUGGUCAAUGUGUAUAGUAACAAACAAAACAAAAUACUACGUUAUCAGGGGAAAAUAUUGAAACAGGAAAUUUAUGAAGAUGAACAUAAAAAUCUUAUAUUUAAAGAGGGUUUACUUUCCCUUCCUAUGGCAGAGAACAACAAUGGAGACAUCUGUGUCUCUGAUCGUAAUGCUGACAUCGUGAUUGUGGUGGACAAGACAGGAAGAGUUAGAUUCCGAUAUGAUGGUACACCAGCCAGGAGAGAGAAGUCAUUUAGACCUAGACAAAUAGUGACAGACUCCAUGAGUCAGAUCAUUGUGAUCGAUUAUGACAAUGCCUGUCUACACAUCCUAGAUCAGGAUGGACAGUUCUUGAGAUGUGUGGACAAUUGUGGUUUAGAUAAACCUAGUGAUUUGAGUUUGGACAGUGAGGGGAGGCUGUGGGUAGGAUUAAAUGAUUCAGGAGAAAUUAAACUGAUCCUGUACAUCAAAUAAACAAAGACUGUGUUGUAAAUGUUAGAGAGUGACAGAACAUUAUCUUAAAUUGUGAACUUCAUAUACACAUGAAUGAAUAAAAAUAAACAAAACUUGUCUAAAACAGAUGAUAACUAACUUUA